AUGGAAUUGAUACCACUGUUGAGUGAAGAGAUGUCGCAACCUGCGGAAACCCUAGACGCGCGAACCCUAAUUACGCGCCCUGCAGAAUCCCUCGAGCAACAAAUAAAGGAGUCAAGUUCUGGACUUACGGCUAAGGAGAAAGAGGCUGUAUUGGUUGAUCUUCAGCAAACUCCAGAAAGAAUUCAAGAGGAACAAGUGGUGGAGACAUUGAAAAAUCCGAAUCCAACCCCUACUGCUAACAAGUUUUUGGCACUUCAAGAUAUGGAUGGGGUGGCUGAUUUAGUUGCGGAAACGGAUGAGGUGGUGGAGAUUGUAUUUGCUGAGGAAAAAGGAGUAGAGCAACUGCAGUGUAAAGAAGACUUAGUAGUGUUGAAUGAAAAAGUCAAUGAAAUUCCAAAGAUGCCAGGAAGACGAUGA